AUGAUUCUAGACUUUCCACGAAUACAACUGACGGUGGACGUAGAACUUCCGACUUAUACUCUCCCUACAUUUUCCCUGAAUCAAACUCAACGCAUCGGUGAAAAGCAAAGCUCCACCACAGCUGGAAUGAAUUUUGAUGCGAAAUUCCAAGUUAAAGACGUUGAUACCCAAUUGGAGCACAUGCUCACCAUUAGUAGUCAUUUUGUGGAUAAACAUCUCAAGAAAUUGAUUUUAAACGGAAAACACUGC